GCCUGGGAAAUGUGGAAGGACCAUGAAGUCUCCCGGGAGAAUUUUCAACAGGAAGAGCUAGUGGACCAAAGGACCUGCUGCCGCUGUUGAAACCCAUUUUUACCUUGGAUAUACCAGGGUAUUCUAGUGCCUGAUUGUUUGCUGUAAGGAAACUUGAAGACUGUAAGACAUGUCCAUUGCACUCAAACAAGUUUUUAACAAGGACAAGACGUUCCGCCCCAAACGGAAAUUUGAACCCGGGACCCAGAGAUUUGAGCUCCACAAACGAGCGCAGGCCUCGCUGAACUCUGGGGUGGACCUGAAAGCAGCUGUGCAGCUGCCUGGUGGAGAGGAUCUAAAUGACUGGGUAGCAGUUCACGUGGUGGACUUUUUCAACAGGAUCAACUUGAUCUACGGAACUAUCUGUGAGUUCUGCACAGAGAGGACCUGCCCUGUGAUGUCGGGGGGUCCAAAAUACGAAUAUCGGUGGCAGGACGAUCUGAAGUACAAGAAACCUACGGCAUUGCCAGCGCCCCAGUAUAUGAAUCUUUUGAUGGACUGGAUUGAGGUGCAAAUCAACAACGAGGACAUAUUCCCUACUAGUGUAGGCGUGCCGUUCCCAAAGAACUUCCUCCAGAUCUGCAAGAAGAUCUUGUGCCGGCUCUUCCGGGUGUUUGUCCAUGUCUACAUCCACCACUUUGACCGCAUUAUCAUCAUGGGGGCCGAGGCCCACGUCAACACCUGCUACAAGCACUUUUAUUAUUUCGUGACGGAGCUCGCCCUCAUAGACCGCAAGGAACUGGAGCCUUUGAAAGAGAUGACAGCCAGGAUGUGUCAUUGAAGAACCACUGUUGAGUGAAAGAAAAACGCAAUUUCCUGCUAACUAAAGAAGACCUAGAGGACACACCAGCCCUUAGAGGGAAAACUUGCCUCCUUUAAUCCUUAAAAAGCAGGAACCGUCAGGGACAGAUUAUUGCUUUCACAGACACCUUCCCACAGUUGUGUAUGCUCUUAAACCCUAAAAAUGCUGCUCAGUACCUCCUUGGAAUGAUGUGGAUGACUUGGAAAGAAAGGACAAAAGGAUUCUUUUUUCCGUAUUCCCUGAAUGAGUGAGGAGGAACUCAUCAGACUACAAUUCGAUUCCGUCCACCUUCCUGCUCUUAAAGCUUUACUGCAAGUUUGGUCUCUCAGUGUACUUUCCAAACCGACUAUUGUUAAACUGUGGU